AUGUAUAAAAUUGGCUUUACGCUUUUGCUGUGCGUCCUGGCGGGCGCCGGCGCCCAGUUCCUGGACAUUGAUCGUUAUCAGCAGCUGUUGCAGUUGCGCCCUCUGGCGGUAGAGUUUAUCGAUUAUUAUCGAAACAUAACGAGCGGCGAUCUGUUAAUACCCGGCACAGGGCUGCCCAAUCAACAGGAUCUGCGAUGCUUGGCCGAGGUGGCAACGCUCAGCCAGGGCGUGCAAACGGGCAGCAUUUGGGCGCUGCGCAUGAUCGACUCUUGGGGCCGUUUGCCCGCGGGCAUACUCUAUGGCAAUCGGAAGGAUCUGGGCAACUUUGAUGAGUGCAUCAGGGUGAACCAGCUGGUGGCCAGCACGGGUCACAGUCUGCGCGGCAAAUACUGCAUGGCCAAAUUGUUGUCCGGCAACAUGUUGGGCGGCAAUGCCGGCGCCCUGGGCAUGCUGAGCGUGCAGACAGCGAUUUGCCUGCCCGCCAGCUGCACGAGCGAGCACAUGGAGACGCUGCUCCGACAGCUUUUCAAGCAGCUGCUCAACAUUGAGCUGAGCACCGAGACGCAGCUGAUCAAUGCCGCCAACUGCCAGACCGCGGAGCGUGAGUCUCUUGAUGGUCUGGCCAUAUUUACCAUCGUGCUCAUGUGUGUUCUGGUCGCUGCCCUGCUGCUGGCCACGCUCUACGAUUACUUCCUGUGCGCGGAUCAGAAGCAUUUGCCCGCCUUGGUCAAGGUGUUCUCGGCACGUGCCAAUUCGCGCACGCUCUUCCGCAUUGUGGACAGCAAAACGAAUCCGAAUGUCAUCGACUGUCUGCACGGCAUACGCUGCCUCUCGCUUAUCUGGGUGAUUUACGGCCAUGACUAUAUCUUGCAAGGCAUAUCGCCCAAUAUUAAUCUGGUGGAUGUCAUACCGUGGUAUCGCUCGCCCUUCAGCAUGUUCAUUAUGCACGGCCUCUUCUCCGUGGACACCUUCUUCUUUCUCAGCGGCCUGCUUGUCGUUAUGGUUGCCCUGCGCUCCAUGGAAAGAACCAAGGGCAAGCUGAAUGUCCCACUGAUGUAUCUGCAUCGUUAUCUGCGCCUCACGCCUGUCGUCGCCUUGGCCAUACUGUGCUACAUGAGAAUCCUGCCCCUCCUGGGCGCCGGUCCGCUCUAUAAGGGCCUGGUUGCUCAGCUCUCGGCGCCCUGCGAGGACAACUGGUUCUGGACGCUGCUCUAUGUGCAAAACUAUGCCACCAACACUGUGUGCCUGCCGCAUAGCUGGUAUCUGGGCGUGGACAUGCAGCUGUAUAUCUUCUCGCCCCUGUUUCUGAUUGCGCUCUACAAGUGGGGCAAAAAGGCCAUUGCCGGCAUUGUGGUGCUUCUGCUGCUGUUGGCUGCAUGCCUCUUCAGCAUGAUGGUAGUCAAGGGCUACAGCUUAUCUACUGGUGGCAUGUCCGAUGAGAUAUACUUUACGACGCACACACGCGCCUCGCCCUGGAUAAUUGGCCUAAUCUUUGGCUAUUAUCUGCAUGUGAAUCGCAGCAAAACCUUUAAGCUAAAUCGUCUAACCGUCUGGCUGGGCUGGCUCAUCAGCCUAGGCCUGAUCUUCACCAGCCUGUUUGCGCUCUAUCCAUAUCCGGCGAACGGCAAUCAUUUGCCCAUCGUUAAUGAGGCCUUCUACGUGACGCUAACACGGAUUGCCUGGCCCCUGGCACUCGUUUGGCUGGUGUUCGCCUGCAAAUACGGCUACGGCGGAUUGGCCAACAGCUUCCUCUCCAGCCCGCUGUGGCAGCCCCUGUCGAAGCUCUCCUACGGCGCCUACAUCUGGCACAUACUCAUCGCGAUGCUCAAUGCCGGCAUCACGCGCACCAGCACCUACUUCAGCGACUAUCAAGUGAUGUUGCGCUUUUGGCAUGACUUUGGCUUUACCAUUUUGUUGGCCUAUUUCAUGUUCCUCUUGGUCGAGGCACCUUUCGGCGGCUUGGAGAUGUUAUUGUUACCCACUCGCGCGCCCAGAAGCCAGCCUCCUCCAGCUGCCAAGAGCAGCCCCAUAGCCGAGCCGGAGCCAUCAAGCAUUGAAAUUGCGCCUGCGCUGGAGCCGAAAACAGCUCCGGUUAAUUAGGUUGCAAGACGCUUUAUAUAAUUCCUAAGUAAGCUAAGC